UGCAACAAACAGUUUUUUAACCAUCGGGUCACAUCAGAGUCAGGCUUUCCUUCUAGCCACCAUACCUGGGCCAGUUCAUCUGCUUCAUCAACUCAUGGGGAUGCCAGCAGCAAAUGGCAUCUGCUCUUUUUCAGAAUUUUGACGAGAAUUCAGUAAGUUGGAUGCUGGGUCCCAUGUACGCCAUCUUCCUGCUGCUGCUGCUGCCGUCUCCGCUCCUGACCACCAGGAGCACCCCCGACCCCUCCGUCACCCAGGACCAAGGUCACCACCCCAGCUCCAGGCUCCAGGAGAGCCCAGCAGAUGGGGAAUCCUGCUGGAGCACUUACGACCUGUACUUCGUCUUGGACUCAUCACGCAGUGUAAAUGACAACUGGGAGUUCACACAGAGCUUUGUGCGGGAUUUGGUGCACAGAUUUAAAAACCCCAAACAGCGUAUGUCGUUCAUUACCUACUCGACACACGGCCGCAUCCACAUGAAGCUGACCUCGAACAGAAAAAUAAUAAACAAUGCUCUUGUUGAAUUGCUCAAUGUACGACCUUCCGGAGCCAUAAAUAUGCAGCACGGAUUGGAAAAGGCCAAUGAGCAGAUCGAAAGAACACGAGCUGCAGGAGCGAAGGUACCGAGCCUCAUCAUCGUGCUGACAGGUGAACAACUGCUGGCAGAAUCGUUUGCAGAAACACAAGUUGAAGCUGCAAAAUCCAAGCAGUUGGGGGCAACUCUGUAUUUCGUGGGUGUGCAAAAUUAUCAGCUAUCCCAGCUGUUGGAAAUUGCUGGUGAAGAGGAUCAUCUGUUUCAAGUGGACAGUGGAUACCCUGGACUGGAAGACAUCGUUGACCCACUCAUACUGAGCUCAUGUGUGCAGAUUACGUCUGUGGAUUUCUCCGCUAUCUGCACCAGAGAUAGAAAUGAAGUCAAGGUUUUUGGAAAAGGUUUUAAAAACAUACAGAAGGAUGAAGUUGUCUGUCGAUUUCGACUUGGAAAGGAAACGGCAAGAAUAGAGGCUCUAUCUGUGCAAGAUACCUCCAUUACAUGCCCAGGACCGAAGUUAAAUAAUCAGCACCAGGCCGUCUUCAUCGAUAUCAGCCUGAAUAAUGGCCUCUCCUUUAUCAAGACCGAUUUUGAUGUCAGCAGGAGGAACUGUGUGACUUCCUGGGAGAGGACCCCACCUGCCCUACUGGAUGCUGUAUCACCAGCUGCCCAACGACAUGCCCUUCCACCUGCUGUGCUGGGUGACAUACGGCAUGUUUACCUGGAUGAAAAGUCUUACAGUCCAGUCCUCAGUUUCAAACCUCUCUACUGGGCUGUGCCGCUCACGGUGCUGCCCUUUCUCGUGCUGCUGUGCUGUUGUAUCGGGCGACGGUGCACUGCAUGUAUCCCGGCGUCACUGGGAAAGAAGUGCCUUACGGUGAUUAUGUCGUGUUGUAAUAAAGACGAAACGACAGCGCAGACAGGUGAUUCUGCUGUCCCCCUGCUGACGCCCGUCGUGGAUCAUCCUGCCGCACACAGCAUCAACCCAGCUGCCAUUGCUCCAUCCCCAGCAGCACGUGCUCAUGGUGCCAGGGUGCCCAACCUGCCCAGCUGAAUGAUGCCACUCAUACCUGCUGCAGCCUGGACGCUCCGGGAAGCCGCACUGCAACUCUAACCCCAUAACACGAUCGCUACAGCACCAAAACCCCAAUAUUGUUUUUUGUUUGUGUGUUACUGUUUUAUAUUUUGGUAUGAUUCAUAUACACUUAAA